GUUUCCCUCUCUUACCAAACUCGUAUGUUCUCAUUUCACCUGCUUAAUUUCUUGCGGCAGAGCCAAAGUCAAUUCUUCAACCUCUGAUUCAAAACUGCUUGAGAAACCAUCUUUCUCUGAACAAACCCAAACGCAACAAUGAAGAGAAUAAACAUCUUCAUCAAUCUGCAAAUCCAAUCUCUGUUCAUCGCAGUUUGUCUGUUUUCCUGUUCCUCCAGUCUCACGAUCGGAGAGACAUGUUCGUCCAACGGUGAAUGCGACGCCGGCUUACGCUGCGACAAGUGCGAUGCCAGCGGCAACACCCGGUCCAGAUGCGUUCGGGUCCAACCACUCAACCCCACAUCAAAAGUGAAAGGCCUGCCGUAUAACCAGUACUCAUGGCUGACGACCCACAACUCGUACGCUCUCUCGGGUGCCAAGUCGGCGACUGGUUCUCCUUUACUCUCUCCCACCAACCAGGAAGACUCGGUCACCAACCAACUGAAUAAUGGCGUUCGAGGGCUUAUGCUAGAUAUGUAUGACUUCGAGAAUGACAUAUGGUUGUGUCACUCCUUCGAAGGCAAAUGUUACAAUUACACAGCAUUUCAACCUGCCAUAAACGUGCUGAAAGAGAUCCAAGCGUUUUUGGAAUCAAAUCCGUCGGAGAUUGUCACCAUUUUUAUUGAGGAUUAUGUGACAUCUUCACAGGGCUUGACAAAGGUCUUUAAUGCGUCUGGCCUUAGUACCUUCUGGCUCCCACUUUCCCAGAUGCCCAAGAACGGCACCAAUUGGCCGACCGUCGAUGACAUGAUCCAGAAGAAUCAGCGGUUGGUGGUCUUCACCUCAAAAUCAUCCAAGGAGGCCUCCGAGGGGAUUGCUUAUCAGUGGAACUAUGUCGUAGAAAAUCAGUAUGGAAAUGAAGGGAUGGUAGCUGGUUCUUGUCCAAGUCGUGCUGAAUCGUCACCUAUGAACACAAAGACAAUAUCCCUGGUUCUUCAGAAUUAUUUUCCUACUAAUCCCAAUGCAUCUGAAGCUUGCGCCGACAAUUCAUCUCCAUUAACUAGCAUGAUGCAAACAUGUUAUGAAGCAGAUGGCAAGCGGUGGCCAAACUUCAUUGCUGUUGAUUUCUACCAGAGGAGUGAUGGUGGAGGAGCCCCCGAAGCUGUAGAUGAAGCAAAUGGUCAUCUGACUUGUGGGUGUGACAACAUUGCCUACUGCAAGGCAAAUGCUACAUCUGGCACGUGUGACGUCCCUCCCAUUUCUCCGCCUCCGCCUGCUGCUGCCGGAUCUGGAUCCGGAUCAUCACCAUCAACACCAGGUCUUUCCAACAUUGCUUACUUGGAUAGUAGGCCAAUGCAACUGCGGUGGUUGUUUGGGGCAAUACUAGCCACUCCUCUGUUUUUUUGGCUGUAAUUUAUAACAUCUUGCUUGCUGAUAACCUUCCUCUUCUAUUCUUUGAACCACACGGGUCAUUUCUUUUUUGGAUGAGAUUGAUGUUGUUU